GGCGGACGGGCGGGCGUGAGACCGGAGCUUCCCGGAUGUGGAGAAGCUGGGGAGGAGGCGUGGGAGGAAGAUGGAGCCGGCCGAGAAGGGGGCCGCCAGCUCCGCCGCGCACCCGCGGGGCCGCCCGGGCCGGGGGCGGCCGCCCAAGCUGCAGCGCAACGCCCGGGGCGGCGCGGGCCGCGGCCUGGAGAAGCCGCCGCACCUGGCGGCGCUGGUGCUGGCGCGCGGGGGCAGCAAGGGCAUCCCCCUGAAGAACAUCAAGCACCUGGCGGGGGUCCCGCUCAUCGGCUGGGUGCUGCGCGCCGCCCUGGACGCGGGGGUCUUCCAGAGCGUCUGGGUUUCGACGGACCAUGAUGAAAUUGAAAAUGUAGCCAAGCAGUUUGGGGCGCAAGUCCACCGAAGAAGCUCUGAAGUUUCCAAAGACAGCUCUACCUCGCUCGAUGCCAUCGUAGAAUUCCUCAGUUACCACAAUGAGGUGGACAUUGUAGGAAAUAUCCAAGCGACUUCUCCAUGUUUACAUCCCACUGAUCUUCAGAAAGUAGCGGAAAUGAUUAGAGAAGAAGGAUAUGAUUCCGUUUUCUCUGUCGUGAGGCGCCAUCAGUUUCGGUGGAGUGAAAUUCAGAAAGGAGGUCACGAAGAGACCACCAAACCUUUGAACUUGAAUCCGGCCAAACGCCCUCGCCGGCAGGACUGGGAUGGAGAGUUGUAUGAAAACGGCUCCUUUUAUUUCGCUAAGAGGCAUCUGAUAGAGAAGGGCUCCCUGCAGGGUGGCAAAAUGGCCUACUACGAAAUGCGGGCCGAGCACAGCGUGGACAUCGACGUGGACAUCGACUGGCCCAUCGCGGAGCAGAGGGUGUUGAGAUAUGGCUAUUUUGGCAAAGAGAAGCUUAAGGAGAUAAAACUUUUGGUUUGCAAUAUUGACGGAUGUCUCACGGACGGCCACAUUUAUGUAUCGGGAGACCAAAAAGAAAUAAUAUCUUAUGAUGUAAAAGAUGCUAUUGGGAUAAGUUUACUAAAGAAAAGUGGUGUGGAGGUGAGGCUCAUCUCAGAACGGGCCUGCUCGAAGCAGACGCUCUCGUCCCUGAAGCUGGACUGCAAGAUGGAAAUCAGCGCCCCUGACAAGCUGGCCAUCGUGGACGAGUGGCGAAAGGAGAUGGGCCUCAGCUGGAAGGAGGUGGCGUACCUCGGAAACGAAGUGUCCGACGAGGCUUGCCUGAAGAAAGUGGGGCUCAGUGGCGUCCCAGCCGACGCCUGCUCCACGGCCCAGAAAGCCGUCGGUUACAUCUGCAAAGCUAACGGCGGCCGCGGGGCGCUCCGCGAGUUUGUAGAGCACAUUUUCCUGCUGAUGGAAAAAGUCAAUAAUUCAUGCCAAAAAUAAAAAAAAAAAAAAAGAUCAGUGUAGGGUCGGGACAGAAAGCCGACGGCUUUCUCCAGCGGCUUUAUUUUUCAAGUGUGAUUAAAUUCAGUUCCAUGUGGUACAUGAUGUGUGAUACGUGAUUUGAUUUGUGAUCAUAUCUCAACCUCUUUUAAAAGCCAUCUCAAAUGGUCCUUCCAAACUAAUCAAACGAUUGUCCCCUGCUUUCUCAUUCUGCAAAAUAUUUAGGGAGUCGUGAUAGUUUUUAUUUCAGAUUUUUAGGAAAUCCAAGUAAGACCGUCACCAAAAUUCCCUUUGUUACUGUACCCUGUAAAUCUUUGUGUGUGUGUGUGUGUGUGUGUGUGUGUGUGUGUGUGUGUGUGUGCGUGUGUGCGCGCGCGCGUGCAAUCAGUGAUGCUCAGAUUUUAUUUGGGAACUGUGUCUGGUCAGACACGCCUUUCUGUUAAAUAAAUGACAUUUCACAAACUUGAUGAAA